GUGCCGAGCCGCCGCCGCCGCCGCCGCCGCCGCCAUGCAGUCGGAUGAUGUUAUCUGGGAUACACUAGGAAACAAGCAGUUUUGUUCCUUCAAAAUAAGGACCAAGACUCAGGGCUUUUGCAGAAAUGAAUACAGCCUUACUGGACUGUGUAAUCGGUCAUCCUGUCCCCUGGCAAAUAGUCAGUAUGCUACUAUUAAAGAAGAGAAAGGACAGUGCUAUCUGUAUAUGAAGGUUAUAGAACGAGCAGCUUUUCCUAGGCGUCUCUGGGAACGGGUCCGGCUUAAUAAAAACUAUGAGAAGGCACUAGAACAAAUCGAUGAAAACCUAAUUUACUGGCCCCGUUUCAUUCGACACAAAUGUAAGCAGAGGUUUACCAAGAUAACCCAGUACCUAAUACGCAUCCGGAAGCUUACACUAAAGCGACAGAAAAAACUUGUUCCUUUGAGUAAGAAGGUGGAACGAAGGGAAAAACGAAGAGAGGAAAAAGCAUUAAUUGCUGCUCAGCUAGAUAAUGCCAUUGAAAAGGAAUUGCUGGAGAGACUGAAACAAGACACGUAUGGCGACAUCUACAACUUCCCCAUCCAUGCCUUCGACAAGGCUCUGGAACAACAGGAGGCAGAAAGUGACUCUUCAGAUGUUGAGGAGAAAGAUGAUGAGGAAGAGGAGGAAGAAGGUAUGGGAAAGAGAGAAUUUGUGGAAGAUGACGAGGUAGAUGAGAGUGACCUAAGUGAUUUUGAGGAUAUGGAUAAACUAGAUGCCAGUGAGGACGAAGACCAAGAUGAGGAAUCCUCCAGUGAGGAGGAGGAGAAAGAAAAGGCUGUUGGUGUGAAACACAAAGGCAAAGCACCCGUGAAAGGACCAUUGCGGCGAAAACGAGCCUAUGUAGAAAUAGAGUAUGAACAGGAGACAGAGCCCAUGGCCAAGGCCAAAACCACAACCACGUGAUCUCCUUCAUUUACUAUCAAGACUAAACAUGAAUGAACUUCUCAGACACAUCUCCCCCUCCAGUUUUGGCUCUGAGCUGUAUUUCACACAAUAUUUGUGUUCAUAAUUUUAUGUAACUUUAGAGGAGCAAGAAGUCUGGAGUGAAUGGAGAGAGCCUUAAUGUGAAGACUAUUUUUAUAACAUGUUUUUUAAGUGCCAGCUGAAAGCCAAGGAGCUGAAGAUGUGUUCCUGAAGCUGGAAUGAGACUGAGGGUGUAAAUACUUCUCAAUUUCAAGCAGCAAAUUCCUUGAUAUUUUUUUCUUUUCUCCUCCAACUGGUGAAACUUCCAAGUUUUUAUUUUAUUGUUGUAUUUCUUUCCCUACUUCUAUGAGAGCAAAAGGAAAGAAUAAAAGAUAAUGAAACUCGAACUUCCAAUGUUUAGUGUA